CACCGCGCGCCUUUGUUGUGAGACGAUAGCAAGGCGACUGUUUAUAAUUCGAGCUAGAUAACCUGGCCAGUUUUAUAGAAGGACGAUAUAAAAAUCGCCUGAAAUGAUUAGUAUUACGUUUUGACGUAACUGAAUCAUCCCUAAAGUGGGAUCUGUAGCUAAUUAAGUCGAAGAAGUCAGUCGCUAUCAAAGAGGAAGUUUGACAGAUCGAGGAGAGUACACAUGUCGUCUGCAGCGGGGACAGUGGAAAAUGCCUCCAUCAUUUCAGAGAGUGUGGCCCACGACGGAAACCGCUUGUGGAUAGGCAACAUUGAUCCAAAAAUCACAGAGUAUCACUUGGUGAAGUUGUUGGAGAAGUUUGGCAAUGUGAAACAGUUUGACUUCCUAUUUCAUAAGUCUGGGCCUUUGGAGGGACAGCCACGGGGCUACUGCUUCGUCAACUUCAACACCAGAGAGGAGGCAGAGAGGGCGAUCCAGUGUUUAAAUGGGAAGCUAGCUUUGUCCAAGAAGCUGGUCGUGCGCUGGGCGCAUGCUCAGAGGUUUGAAGGUUUCCGUAAUGACAAGACGAUGCCUCCGAGCCUGGAACCGUCGAGUAGUGGCGCAACAGAGGAAGGACCUGUAACUGCCAACCACCUAAGUACGAGUGCUAAAAUCCGCGCCAUCGAGGCCAAGCUCCAGAUGAUGGAGGAGAAUCCAGAUGAUGACUACUCGGGCCCGUCGGCCUACGUUUACAACAAACCGCCAGAGAGGAAACGCUGGGAGCCCUACUCUAAAUCACACCACAAUAACCAGAGCAGGCCCUUCCGCAAGUUUAGGAGAUGACCCAUCCCCCCACCCAUUCUGGAGGACCACCUCCCCUCACCCUGCACACCUUGGCCCCCACCUACACACAAACAGACUCUACACUAGAUACUAUAAAGACACAUCCUAUCUGGGAAUAAAAGGUUUUGAAUACUUUGAGAAACCAGACUCUUUGGGAGUAAUCACAGCAAUCACGGACAAGUACUCUAAAGUGGUUUCACUUAUUUUGGGGUACAGCAUCAGUUGUUAUUUAGUCUGAACAUAUUACCCAUACCUGACUGCUGUGCAGACUGGAUCCCUUAUCGGUCUGCUUUCUCACUUUUGCAGAGAUUUAAUGCAGUUGAAUCAUACGGCUGUGAGUCACAUGACACACAGCUGCUAGGAGAGAGAAAUGUUAUUAUUAAUGCUGAUUCUGUAAUUGUUUUUGACGUGUUUUUACUUUCAGAUCAUAUUAUUUAAUGGUGAACUACAAUUUGUUUGUCUUUUCUCAAGACUUCAAUAAAGAGGAAGACAUCCACAGAUUUGUAACAGGUUUGUACCAAUAGAGUUCAAAUGAUAAGCCACUCAGCGACACUUACUGUAAGUUGCAGUAUUUUUGUGUGAAGUUCUUUGCUCUUUUCCUAAUAUUUUUUUUUUACUGACUUUUUUUGUGGUGUGUUGAGUUUUGGUAUUUCCCAUGCCACAGCCUCUUUACUUAAAGUUUUCAAUUAAAGGCCAUUAAAUAUCACAUCUACAGUG